UGCGUCACUGCCGUGCUGGCAAGGGGAGCUUGCAAAAGGCUGCGCUCAUUCAUGCAAUAGGUUGCGCGCAGGAUGGAGCCUGGGAAGGGGGCAAGCGUGCUUGCGGGAGGCGGAGCUUUGCACCAGUGACUUGCUUGAGGGUCAUGUGGAGUGCCUUGCAGGGGAGGCUGUUGUUUGCGAGGAAUCCUGGCACCUCCAAGGUGUUCUGCAGGUCGUGUUGCCGAGCCGCGAAGAGGGACACCAUCUUUGCGCUGUCUUCGGGCCAGGGGAAAUGCGGGGUGGCCGUGAUUCGAACCAGCGGCCCGGCCAGCAGCAUGGCCCUGGUCCGCCUGACGAGGGGGGAGGUGCCUCUUCCGAGAGUGGCCACGCUGCGGCCGAUCUGCGACCCCCGGUCUGCCGAAACCCUGGACCGCGGCCUCGUCUUGUGGUUCCCAGGGCCGGGCAGUUUCACGGGUGAAGACAGCGCAGAGUUCCAUGUCCACGGAGGGCCGGCUGUGGUGAGCGGCGUCUUGAAGGCUUUGGGCUGCCUCCCUCUGCUGCGCCUUGCCGAACCCGGGGAGUUCACCAAACGGGCCUUCCAGAACGGCAAGCUGGACUUGACCGAGGCGGAAGGCCUAGGGGACUUGAUUCAUGCCGAGACGGAAAGCCAGCGUCGGCAGGCUCUCCGCCAGAUGGAAGGGGACUUGGGGCGGCUCUACCGCCGUUGGAGCGACACCCUCACAAAGGCCUUGGCCCACCUUGAAGCCUACAUUGACUUCAGCGAGGACGACAACAUUGAGGAGGGGGUGCUUGCUCAAGUGGAAGAGGCCGUUGAGGCGUUGGAGAAGGAACUGCGGGAGCACUUGCAAGAUGGCCGCCGCGGCGAGAGGCUGAGGGACGGAGUCCAUGUGGUGAUCGCAGGGCCCACCAACGCUGGGAAAAGCAGCCUCCUCAACCACCUAUGUCAGAAGCCGGCAGCCAUUGUUUCCCCCAUAGCAGGGACCACACGGGAUGUGGUGGAGGCGGCGCUGAACAUCGGCGGGUUCCCUGUGGUGCUGAGCGACACGGCAGGGCUGCGGGACACCAGCGAUGUUGUUGAGAUGGAGGGAGUGAACCGGGCUCGGCAGAGGGUGGAGGUUGCUGACCUCGUUCUUGCCGUCCUGGAUGCAGCGGAAGUGGCCCAGAAGCCUAACCAACUGGUCCCUGCCUUGCUGGACAUCCUGCCGCCGGACGAUCCGAAAGGGACCCGGCCGUACUUGCUGGUUCUGAACAAGAUGGACCUGCUUGGCGACAAGGAACGGGCGGAUCUGCUGGCGAACUUUGCCGACUCGGAUCUGGCGCCGGCCUGCUUUCUCUCUUGCAAAACGGGAGAAGGGAUCGCUACCUUCUUGAGCGUGUUGGGGAAGCAGCUGGCGCACAUGUGCGGCGACCCUCUCGCAGGCUCCCCCAGCCCCACGCAAGCGCGCCACCAGCUCAGCUUAGCCAAAUGUCUAGAGGCCCUAGGGCGCUUUGGCCACUACCGGGCUGUGGACCUCGCUCUGGCCGCGGAGGAAUUGCGGCAGGCCCGGCGACUGCUGGGACAUCUGACGGGACAGGUGGGGUCUGAAGAGAUCCUGGAGCUCAUCUUCAAGGAUUUUUGCAUCGGCAAGUGAUGGAGUGACGCGACGGGGUGAGCUCCCGUUGCUCGGUCCCUGCUCCUGCCAACCUAGCAGUUCGAAAGCACACCAGUGCAGGUAGAUAAAUAGGUACCACUCCGGUGGGAAGGUAAUCGGCGUUUCCGUGCACUGCUCUGGUUCGCCAGAAGCGGCUUAGUCCUGCUGGCCACAUGACCCGGAAGCUGGACGCCGGCUCCCUCGGCUAGUAAAGCGAGAUGAGCGCCGCAAUCCCAGAGUCGGCCACCACUGGACCUAAUGGUCAGGGGUCCCUUUACCCUUUACCUUUAAGUGACGGAGGCAAACAGAGAGCAUCUUAUCCCACCUUUUGGAGGCGGGUGCAACUGGAGCAUGGCGCUAUCUGGCGCCUGGGGGUGGUUCUGCGGUUCGAAGUAUAUUUUGGCUGGGGCAAAGGGACCUUGAGACUCUUUUUUUUAAAAAAUAAUUUUUUAUUGGAAAUUUUAUUUACAACAUAACACAACCCCCCCACCCCAACACAGAAAUCCACCCCCAUCAGACACAAACAUAAACAAACAACAAGCAUAAUAUACAACAAUACAAACAACCAAAUAAAAGACUUCCUUUA